CUCUACACUAAAGGCUCUUCGCUCUCUACACUCUUUACACUACUUUACGUCUAUCAUUUAAAUCACUAAACAACAGUCAAGAUGCGUUACACUCAGCUCCUCCUCUCUCUCUUCCUCCUCUUCACCUUCGUCAUUGCUCUGCCCGCGCCGGCGCCGGUAGAAGCCGUUGCCGCGCAAGACGCCGCCGACAAGAAUAAGAACAAGAACAACAAUAACGGAACUAAGGGCACCAAGACGAAGACAAACAACAAUGGCAACACCAACAAGGGCCAGACCAACAAGGGCCAGACCACCAAGGCUACGAAGAACGGCACCGGAGGAAACACCAGGCCUACCGCUGACGAAUGUGCGGCUGCCAAGAAGUUGGCUACUGGCAUCGACAAGAACAUCUCCAUUCAGAAGCAGGAGCAGAAGGAUGUUGCUGCUGUGAAGAAGGCUGUUCAGUCUGGAAACAAGUCGCAGUUCGACCAGGCUAAGACGAAGCUCGUUGCCACUGUUAAGUCAGGAGCGGAUGUCCGCGCUGAGAACCAGAAGAUUGCUCCCAAGGGUAACGCUGCGAUUCCGGGUCUGAAGAAGGUCCAAAACGCGCAGGCUACUGAGCUGAAGCAGGCUCAGGGUCUCACGGGCAACAACGCCGAUCUGGACACCAUCGCCCAGAUGGAGAAGGAGUUUGCCGGAGGUAUCGACCAGAAUCAACAGAACAAGAAAGAUGCCGUCAAGGGCUGCUAAGCAUCUCUCGUGGCUGAACAGGGCUUGGGAUACGGGGAAAGUACACCACGAAACAGACUAAGGUUGACCUGGAGUGAUGAAUAGCGUUGUAAAUGGAGGAUUCUCAGUACAUAUAUAUUGAAUGAAGCCGGUUCGGAAAACUUCUCUCCCAUAGGUAAGACCGCAACCGCGUCAGCCUAGGCUUUGACAGGCUCUACUCAAGGUGAGCCAAGGCGGCCAUAGUCUUCUACUACCUAAAACGUGACUUGAUGUCAUCUCAUGCCACUCAUUCAGUCAGUCACUAUAGGUGAUUAAUGGGCUUUGAGACAAUUGGUUGGUGUGACAUAGUCUCUUGAACUGCUUUAGAUGAGAGCUUGAGUCGAAUGAGACAUUGCUAAAGGCUGGUCUCAAAGAGAACAACCAUCAGCCAUUGCUUAAUUUUGG